AUGUCCGCUAAGAUACCCAGUACAGCGUUAUACGCAAAUCAAAUUGAAAGCCCACCAAGACUCAAUGGUAGUCUAACGAACUCUGCCUUUUCUAUAUCUCUUAUUGCUUUUACCUUAGGUGCUGUCUUUGGUUUGAGCUUACUUCCCGGUUUAUCAGUUAUCAACUUAAAUUUGAGUGCUAUAAUUCCAACAGCAUUACAUUCAACCCAAGUUUCCCUAUAUUUAGUCAUACUUUGUUGGUUUCAUCUUUGGGAAUUCCUCAGUACAGCAGGUUGGAAUAUGACAAAGACAUCAGUCGAUUCUUACUUAUUAAACAAUGGAUAUAGCUACACUGCUGCACACGCUUUCGGUCUAGUGUCUCAUUACCUUUUGAUAUUGUUCUACCCUUCAAUUUCUCAAAAUCAUUACUUAAUCAUCUCAGGUCUCGCCUUGGUUGUCGUAGGUCAGGUCUUGCGUACGCUUGCUAUGGUACACGCGAGUGAAAGCUUUUCACACCAUGUCGCAUCCUUUAAACAAAAAGAUCAUAAGUUAGUGACUAAUGGCGUUUACAGAAUCGUACGACACCCUUCGUAUUUAGGUUUCUACCUAUGGGCAUUGGGAACACAGAUGAUUUUGACAAAUCCUUUAUCAUUCAUAGCUUUUGCUAUUAUUCUGCAUAGGUUUUUCACUGAUAGAAUUAAACAUGAAGAAACUUAUCUCGUAAAGUUCUUCGGAAAUGACUAUCAAUCUUAUAAAAAUAAUGUGUACUCUUUCUUCCCUUAUGUUAUUUAAGUAUUUCAUCC